UCCAGAUAGGAUUGGAUCAAAUAAUAUAAACCAAAAAAAAGGGCAGUCAUUGGUGUCAUAUAUUGAAAUUGCGGUUGAACGAAAGAGAACACAUGACUGAAGUCUGAAAAACUGAAAAGGGGUAGAAGGAAAAAGUGUUGUGAUUAAAAAAAAGAGAAAAUGAAUAUUCUAAAAUUAAAAAUUUGUGAAUUUCAUGAAAUUUAUUUUUUUAAAAAAAGGAGAAAAAUUUAAUAAAAUAAGAAAAAUAUCAAUUUUUUUUUUACGUAAAUUGAUGAAUCUCAAGUUAAAAAAAUGUAAGUUCAGAAAAAAAUGGCGAAGGCAGUGUGAAUGUGAAAAACUGUAUAUAAGGAGCACGUAUGUGCGGAAACGGUCCAGUUAGCAAGUGUCUCGCAGACUUGACUUAAAAAAAUAAAAAUAAAUAAACACUCAAAAGACAACCCAUCCCUUCUCUCCCUGUGCCUUCCAACUUCUGUUUCCGUUCUGGUUUCACACUCCCAUCCCAUCCCUUGCCUUUUUCACUUCCUCUUUUCCCUUUCUUCUCAACUUUUCGUUCCACUCAGAAGCGCCCCCUGUCCAGUCCAUGGACGCAUUUCUCUUCUUCAGCAACCUUCAAACGGAGAAGGCCCUCGCCAUGCGCAUCUACACUCUCUACACUAGCAUUGCCCACACUUUUCGUGUUCUACAACUCUGCACCUCUCUGCUCCUCCUCUACUGGAUACUCACUUGCCUUUCUUCUGCCGUCCAAAUCUCCCGCCUCUACCUCCACAGCUUCGCCGCCCUCAUCGCCAGUCCUCUCUUCGUUUUCUUUAUCUCCAAUGCAAUCAUCGCCACUCUUCUCGCCAAUUCCCGACGAGUAACCGGUCAAAACUCCGACGGUCGCAAUGUGGAGAUGGAACUCUUCCUGGAGUUGACGAAGAAGAACGCGGAUCAUGCCGAGUUACCGUUGGAAGUCCAUGCUGAACAGUCGCGUGUGGCGGAGCAGAUGCACUGCCAGGACAAGCAGAUUGUCUCUGACAACACGACUGCUCGGACACUUGAGAAUCAGGUUGAAUUCGACGCGCACACUGAUACCGAUUCAAGCGCGGAAAUAGAAUCUGACUACCCAAAAGUUUAUCGGCGAAGCCAGUCGGAGAACUUGACGGGAGCGUCAGCGAAACAGGCUACGCGGAAUCUCCGGCGAUCGGAGACCGAGAAGUGCAGAGAAACGGCGAGGUCCUGCGGCAAUCCGUGGGAAAAUUUAUAUUCGCAUGAUAAGAUGAGCAACGAGGAGUUUCAGCGCACCAUAGAGGCGUUCAUUGCGAAGCAGGUGAGGUUCCUGCGAGAAGAAUCGUUGGCCAUUGUUGUUCCGAAACAGAGUUAAACCGUCCAGAAGUAAAUAAGUGGUUAGAAUUUAGAAGCAAGAGCUAGGAAAAGAAACUGACAAUGGAAAUUGCCUUCUAAAUCCUCCUUAAAAAAAAAAAAAAACUAAAAAUGGCACUGCAUGCCCUAUACAGUGUUAAUUUCUGGAUUUGCAUAUCAAUAUAAAAUAACAAAACUGUCAGUUAUCUCAUACGAUUCUCCUGUUUGCAAGAUGAUAUGCUCUAUCAUGUUCCUCACUACUAAUAAAUCAUAGAAUAGCAAAAAAUAUAUACAUAUACAUGUUGAGUAAUUAACAAAUGACAUUAGCGUAUCGUAUCUAUUGUUUUGUUCUUGUUUUUGCAAUGAGGAGACCGUGAUUUCCAUUGAUAGUUGCUUAAGAAAUAUAUUAAUUUAUGUGUCACGACAUGUUAAAAUAAUUAGAACUGCUCUUUUUCUGUGAGGGAUAUGUUGCAAACUUUCGGGCCAUAUCUGUAAACUUGAUCAAUUAUUUAGGGAUCUGGAAAGAAUUGGUAUA